UUUGACAUUAGACAAUUGUCAGUUCGAAUUAGUAAUCAUUAGUGAUCUAAAUCUACGUUUGUAACCAAAGAGAAUUAUAAAUUAUAAUAAAUUUUGUUGAAUUUUGUAAACAAAUAAGUGAAUCAAUUAAUAAGUGAAAUGCUUAAAAUUUAUUCUUAAUAAGGAGACAAAAACAGUAAGAUAUAUAACUAAUAACCAAUAACACUAUUGUUUCUAUAAUUUGCAUCGUUUAUCGAUAUUCGAAGUGAAUUUUAAAGAGAGUGUUUAAUAAAUAAUAAGAAGAAUUUCGAGGAUCUACCUUCCACUGUGCGAACCUGUGUGAACCAAUAAGAUGGCCCAGAAAAAUAUUGAAGAUCUCGACCUCUAUGCCAUUCUGGACCUACAAAUAACUGCUUCCGAAUCAGAGAUUAAGAAAGCUUAUCGUAAGAAAGCAUUACAAUGCCAUCCAGAUAAGAAUCCAGAUGAUCCAAAAGCAGCAGAAACAUUUCAUCAACUUUCUCAAGCAUUGGAAAUACUCACAGAUACAGCAGCUAGGGCAGCAUAUGACAAAGUUCUUAGAGCAAAGGCAGCUGCAAAAUUAAGACAUCAAGAAUUAGACAGUAAAAGGCAAAAGUUAAAGGAGGAUUUAGAACGAAGGGAGAGAGAAGCAGCAGCAGGAAAAGAUGCUCAUUUAACAGAUGCACAAAAACUUGCAGCAGAAAUUGAAAGAUUACGGAAUGAAGGAAGCAGACUUCUACGAGAAGAACAACUCAAAAUGAAAGAAGAAAUAAAAAGAACCAUGGAAGAUAUCAUAACACCUGUUUGGGAUUCCAGUCUGAAUAGAAUUAAAAUCAAAUGGAAUGCCAGUAAAAAUGACCCAACCAAUGGUGGUUAUGAUGAACAAACAUUGAGGAAGUUUCUGAAGAAAUAUGGUGAUGUUGUAGCCUUAAUUAUGUCUCCUAAAAAGAAAGGCAGUGCCUUGGUUGAAUUUUCCACUAAGGAUGCAGCAGAGAUGGCUGUUGAACUUGAAAAAGGUUUAGCAGACAAUCCACUUGAAAUGAAAUGGGUAAAUAAAAAACCAAUAUUGACAACAAAAAUUGGUGGACCAUCAUUAAUAUCAGACAGAGAUUAUGAAUCUUUAGUUUUAACAAAAAUGAGGCAAGCAGCAGAGCGACAGAAACUUAUAGAGGAAAUGAUGAAGGAAGAAUAGUUAAUAAAACUCUGAAAACAAAUAAACCAUUUUAUUGAUA